AUGACGACAACAACGACGAUGGUGAUUUCACACAUAUUACGUAAGCGUAUUAACAUAUACUGCUCUCAAACAGGAAACAGUGUGCUCUACAACUGGACCAUCAGUGACGGCUUUGAAGACCUGAUGUCCACGAACCAGAACUUGGUGCACACGUUCACGACUCCCGGCACCUACUACGUGAACGCCACAGUGUACAACGCUGUCAGUAGCAAGAAUAACGUUACGGAAGUUUUUGUGCAGGAUCCCGUCACAGGCCUGUCUGUCACGGCCCUACCCAAAGUACUGGGCACAAACUCCGAUUUCGCGACUACACUUUCGACUGGCUCCGACUACAAUUGUUCCUGGAACUUUGACGACGCCACGCCCACAGAGUACACCAGUGAAGUCUCCGGCACCACUCUCGGGGCCAGUUCUUACGCUCACAUGUACAGCGCCGGUGGGUCGUACAACGUAACGGUCAACUGCUCAAACGGCGUGAGCUCGGAGGCGGUCUCUGUGAUGGCGGUUGUGCAAGAACUGAUCACCAACCUACGUAUGGUCAAGGAAGGGGCCAGCAAAAACACGGACUACUACCUGGAGUGGACCGUAGAUGCUGGCACGGAGAUUACAUUUAACCUCACGUUUGAUGGCAGUUUGAUUCCGACCUACACUACUGUCUCUAAGUACAAGUGGAGGUCUCCACUCCAGCCGGCUCGGGGAGCCAGCAGCAUACCCUUGACCCUUUCAGCCGCCAAUGAAGUAGGCUCUGACAGCAUCAGCAUCAACUUUGAGAUCCUGUCCGUCAUUGUGGAUCCUACUCUCACCACGCCCGAAUUCAACGUGUCCAGCCACACCCCUGUCCCUUUCACCGUUGACAUGGCAGGAGGCUCCGGAGUCACAGUACACUUCGACUUCGGAGACGGCCAAACUGACGUCUUCACGCAGACACCGGGCCAAGAGUGGUCGACCCCUCACACGGCGUCCCACAGCUUUACUGCUGGAGGAAGAUUCAACGUUCUCGCGUCCUUCUCCAACGCUGAAGGAACAUACAACUUGACAACAGAAGUCAUGGUCCUCGUCAGUGUUGAAUCCAUAGCUUGCAAUACCAGCCAGUAUGCCCUCUACUAUCCCCCUGCCAAUGCCAGCCUCACUCUGUUCGGCACGACACUACCCACUGAACCAACGUUCACGCUGAACUGGGGCGAGCCACAAAGCCGCGACACCACGCCGGAGCUUGUGCUGAACACGCCGUACUGGCACACCUUUGGAGACACUGGAGAGUUCGAGGUGACUGUGGAGCUGGCCAACUUGAUGGGAGAAAAGACAUGCAAAAAUACCAUCACGGUUGUCGAGAAGCUGGAAGGGCCGUCGUUCAAGCCGGAGUUCGCUAAGGCAGCAGUUGGACUGCCGUAUGAUGUCACGUUCUGCUUGUACCGGGGUCCGUCGGGAGCGCUUUGCAAAUUGGACUAUAACUUUGGCGAUGGGAACACUAAACAGACCGACCGGCAGGCCAACGUUGCAAGGGAAGGCAUGGACGGCUGUGAUAUCGAGCCUGUUGUAUACAACGACUACACGACACGUAAUGUGAUGGUGAAUGCAAAGACACCGUUGGAAACCGACACCGCGAGCACAAUGAUAGAGGUCAUCGAUGGAGUUAGCGACGCGGACAUCGCCCUGCCUGACCCUAAUGAUGUGUCCUUUGGCUCCCCCAGCCAGUUCGAGCUGACUUACAACGGAGCAAUCAUGCCCACGGACGCCCAAAUUCUCGUUGAUUAUGGCGACGGCACCUUCUUGGGACCCAUUCCAUUUUCAGUUGCAACUCAAGGAGGGACGCAGACUUUCUCUCACACUUACAG